UCUCCUCCCCUCGCUUUCUGCCCCUCAGACCCCUAGUCGCCCUCUGCUGGCUUCCGAGGGCACCGAGUGGCGGUUGCACGACGGCUGCAUCGAUGGCGGCGAAAGGCCGGGAGCAGGAGGGGAACCGGUCGCGCUUCGUCUACGUGACUCGCUUCGGCUCGCACCAGUGCGGCGGCGUUCUGCAGCUGGGCGGCCGCCGGGCUCUGGGCCUUUGGAGUCCCGGGUUCCGGGCUGGCCGCCGUCAGGCAGGGGCUCGGGCGGUGGCGGCAGGGACCCCGGGCGGCACGGAGCCGCCCGCCGGCUCCCGGCCCAGGGCUCCUGAGGCCUCCUCCCCGGCGCGGGCGUCGAACGUGCGGAGCGGAUCCCGGCCCACGGCCGGUGGAGGUUUAACUCAGAAGAAUUUAACUAAAAAAUUUGACUUCCCUGUACCUUUGAACGAAGCUUCCAAAAUAAUGAAGAAAAAGAAAAAGGUUUCAGUAUGGAAUGGAGUGUACAAAGUGAUUUCUAAAAUGCUUGAAGAAAAUGAAAAAUACAGACUCAGGCUGAAAUGCCAGCAAUUAUCUAGGGAAAGUAAGUAA